GUAGUAAUCUUCUAAAAAUUGCUUAUGAUGAAACUCAUAAAUCUAUGAACUAUAAAAAAUAUUAUUUUAUAAUAUUUUUCAUAAAAUCAUCGUGAUAUCAAUAACAAUCGUAUUUCAAAUGUUUGCUAUACUGGAUAUAUAUAGGAUGAGCAUCAUGCCAAAUUUCAGUCCAUUAGCAUUCAAACUGACAAAUUAUGGAAUACAAAUUUUCCUUAAAAAAUCCAUUAAAACAUGUAACUCAACAAGUAAAAUGAUGUCGUUGCGUGUAUUGAAACCGACGUAAAAACACAAAGAAAAUAGCAUAAUAAUGUGUUCAUAGUAAUUAUUUGAAUUUAUAAUAUAGUACAGUAAUUGUUUACGCAUAACAUGGCAACUGCACCAAUAACAAAUAACUCUCCGAAAUCCUUAUUAAAAGCCGUGGAAUGUAAAAAUGACGAAAAAUUAGAAAAGAAAUUAACUAUUCUCGAAUCACAUGGAUACACUCUUGGUAAAACAAUAGGUACCGGUUCAUAUGCCACUGUAAAAGUAUGUUAUGUAAACCAUUUAUUGAUAUUAAAAAAGUCAAUAUUAAAUAACUAGUAAAUUAUUGAUAAAAAAAAAUUGUAAUGGAAGAUUGCCAAAUCUAAUCGGCAUGAUUGCCAAGUAGCAGUAAAAAUUGUUUCAAAGUUUCAAGCACCCGGCGAUUAUUUAAAAAAAUUUUUGCCUCGUGAGAUAGAAGUUGUUAAAGGUUUAAAACAUCCAAAUCUAAUUCGUUUUCUUCAAGCAAUCGAAACAACUCACCGUGUUUAUAUAAUUAUGGAAUAUGCUCAAUGCGGUAGUUUAUUGGAUAUGAUAAGGCGUGAUACAUUUAUCGAUGAAUUCCGUAGCCGUCGAUGGUUUCGGCAAUUAUUAGAAGCUAUCGAUUAUUGUCAUGGACGUGGUGUUGUACAUAGAGACAUCAAAUGCGAAAAUCUUUUAAUGGAUCAGAACUUCAAUAUCAAAUUAUCCGAUUUUGGAUUCGCACGUGGACAAAUGAAAUCGAAGAACGGUAUAGCUCCGUUAAGUGAAACUUUCUGCGGUAGCUAUGCUUAUGCUUCACCAGAAAUAUUAAAGGGUAUUCCAUAUUUACCUCAAUUGUCUGAUGUAUGGUCCAUGGGAGUAGUACUCUAUGCAAUGGUUUAUGGUCGACUACCAUUUGAUGAUACAAAUUACAGCCAACUUCUAAAGCAAGUACAAAAUAAAGUUAUAUUUCCUAAAGAACCAAACGUGUCUCAAGCUUGUCGUUCACUUAUCUCACGAAUACUUGUAUCGCAACGAAUACGAUUGGAUAUUGAUCAUAUAAGAAAUGAUGUUUGGCUUGCAACGUCUCUUGUUACCACCCAGACCUCUACUAGCGACAUUUUAACAGAUAUUCCUAUAAUACCGAAUAUAAAGAAAAUAGCAAGUGAAAAGAACAAAGGAACAAAAAGGCAUGCGACUGGUAUUGGAGCGUCAGUUAUCGACGUUCGGUCAUCUAAUUUCAGCAUUUCAGAUGAAAGCAGCAAUCGAUACCGCUAUUUGAAAUAAAUUCCAAGUCUCUUAUCUCCAAA